AUGGCUCCCAAGCCGAAGGGGAAGGCUCCAGUUACUACACCUCGCAAGCGACCAGCGGCCCAGAUGUCCAGCUCUCCCGAGUCGCAGGCGCCCGCCACGCCUGUUCCAUCUGUUGUCGCCUCCUCCACAUCACGUUCUCGCACUAUCCGUCCGUAUCGUUCGCCUGAAGUCGAGGACGAAGCUGAGGAUCUCGAAGGCUCCAUCGUUCCUGAGUCUGAGGCUCCAAAGGAUGAGCGCACCGUGCUUGGGUGGAAGGUCGCUGCCCGCUGUGAGGUUCCUGAUUCUGCAGGACGCCUUCGCGCUGGCUCCCGCCCGUGCUGCAUGAAGUGUGCGCACACGUAUUACAACUUCCCAGGCCAGAUGUGCUGGGUCCCUUCCGGCAUGGCCAAGUGCGCAGACUGCCUUCGGGGCAACCACGCGUGCGUUCCAGCUGCUGCCCAGCUUGGCGCCGAGUUGGAGGCCCUCCAGCUUGCGGCCGAAGGUGUAUGCGAGUGCUUUAGUAUCGCUAGCUUCUAG